ACACACUCCUAAUCUAUAACCGGAGACGCAGACGGGACAGGACUGGACCAAGAGUGUUCGGUGCAGCUCUCGGAGCGUCUGUCUCUGCGCAAGAUGCUCAGCAGAACCGGGGAAAACCUAUCGACCGAUUAACUACGUUAGUCCCUGUUAGGUUAAGGAGUCAGAAUGACUAUCCCCAAAGAUAUUCCUGAAAAGUGGUUCCCCAUCGUUCUUCCACUGCAACAGAAGAAACAACAAGGACUAGCUGCUAAAACCAAGAAGACGUGGACAGAGGAGGAGAGGAGGGUCCGGGCCAAUGACAGAGAAUACAACGAGAAGUUUCAGUAUGCGAGUAACUGUAUUGUGACGUCUAAGUACAACGUCAUCACCUUUCUGCCCGUCAACCUGUUUGAACAGUUCCAGGAAGUGGCCAACACCUACUUCCUCUUUCUGCUCAUACUGCAGUUGAUUCCUCAGAUCUCGUCUCUCUCCUGGUUCACCACCAUAGUGCCUUUAGUCCUGGUGCUCAGCAUCACUGCAGUAAAGGAUGCCACUGACGACUAUUUCCGUCACAAGAGUGACAACCAGGUGAACAACCGGCAGUCUCAGGUCGUCAUCCACGGCUCUCUUCAGAAGGAGAAGUGGAUGAAUGUAAGAGUGGGUGAUAUCAUUAAACUGGAGAAUAACCAGUUUGUGGCAGCUGACCUUCUCUUACUGUCCAGUAGUGAACCUCAUAGCCUCUGUUACAUUGAGACCGCAGAGCUAGAUGGGGAGACCAAUAUGAAGGUGCGUCAGUCUCUGUCUGUGACUGCAGAGCUUGGAGACCCCAACAGCCUGGCCUCUUUUGAUGGUGAGGUGGUCUGUGAGCCUCCCAACAACAAGCUGGACAGGUUCUGUGGUCUUCUGUGCUGGAGAGAUUGUAAAUACCCCCUGAGCAACCACAACAUGUUACUACGAGGCUGUGUUCUCCGCAACACAGAGACCUGCUACGGACUGGUCAUCUUUGCAGGCCCAGACACCAAGCUGAUGCAGAAUAGUGGUCGCACCAAAUUCAAACGCACAAGCAUCGACCGCCUCAUGAACACACUGGUGCUCUGGAUCUUUGGCUUCAUGGUGUGUAUGGGUGUGAUCCUGGCUGUGGGGAACGCUGUGUGGGAGAGAGAGGUGGGUUCUCUGUUCCAGAGUUACCUGGCCUGGGACCUGCCUGUAGACAACUUCCUGUUCUCUGCUUUCCUCUCCUUCUGGUCCUACGUCAUCAUUCUCAACACCGUGGUGCCCAUCUCACUCUACGUCAGUGUGGAGGUGAUUAGGCUGGGUCAUAGUUACUUUAUAAACUGGGACAGGAAGAUGUUCUGUCCACAGUGUAACACAGCAGCUGAAGCCAGGACCACCACUCUCAACGAGGAACUGGGACAGGUGGAGUACAUCUUCAGUGACAAGACAGGAACUCUCACUCAGAACAUCAUGAGCUUCAGCAAGUGCUCUAUCAAUGGACAUGCCUAUGGUGAGGUGAUCGACCCGUUGGGAGCACAGCCAAAGAGGCUAGACUUCUCCUCCUUCAACCCCCUGGCGGACCCUGACUUCUGUUACUAUGACAACGGUCUGCUGAAGUCGGUGAAGCUGGGAGACCUUCACAGCCACGAGUUCUUCCGGCUGCUUUCCCUCUGUCACACCGUCAUGAGUGAGGAGAAGAAGGAGGGAGAGUUGAUGUAUAAGGCCCAGUCUCCAGAUGAGGGUGCGUUGGUGACAGCAGCCAGGAACUUUGGUUUUGUGUUCCGGUCUAGAACCCCUGGUACUGUCACUGUGACAGAGCUGGGCCGACCCGUCACAUACACACUGCUGGCCAUCCUCGACUUCAACAACAUCCGCAAGAGGAUGUCCGUUAUAGUGCGUAACCCUGAGGGGAGGAUCCGUCUGUACUGUAAAGGAGCUGAUACUCUGUUGUUUGAGAGGCUCCACUCCUCCAACAAUCACCUGGUGAACAUCACAACAGAUCACCUUAAUGAGUAUGCUGGGGACGGUCUGCGGACCCUGGCCCUGGCCUACAGAGACCUGUCAGAGGAGCAGUGGGAGGAGUGGUCAGAGAGACACCGCCAAGCAGACAGAGCUACAGACUGUAGAGAGGACAGACUGGCUGACAUAUAUGAACACAUAGAACAGGACAUGAUGCUCCUGGGAGCCACAGCCAUAGAGGAUAAGCUACAGGAGGGAGUUCCUGAGACCAUCGCUAUCCUCUCUCUCGCUAACAUCAAGAUCUGGGUCCUCACGGGAGACAAACAGGAGACAGCAGUUAAUAUAGGUUACUCCUGUAAGAUGCUGACUGGUGAUAUGACUGAGGUGUUCAUCAUCAGUGGAAACACAGUGCUGAGUGUUAGAGAGGAACUCAGGAGAGCGAGGGAGAGGAUGAUAGAGUUUGCCCGUACUAGAGAGGGAGAAAAGGAGGAGGGAUGGGGCGAGGCCUGUUCUCUGGGGAAUGGGUUUGGGGGAGACGGGGGAGGAGAUGGGAGAGAGUGGCCCUCUGUGGGGGAAAAACAGCAGCAGUGUCCCCCUCCCCCUGGCCCUCCCGCCCCUCGACCCCCCUCCUCAACCACGCUAGACUCCAUAUCUGGAGAGUUCGCUCUCGUCAUCAACGGACAUAGCCUGGCCCAUGCGUUGGAGGCUGAUAUGGAGGGGGAGUUUGUGUCUACAGCGUGUGUCUGUAGAGCAGUGAUCUGCUGCAGGGUGACUCCUCUACAGAAAGCCCUGGUGGUGGAGCUCAUCAAGAAACACAAGAAAGCUGUCACCCUGGCCAUAGGAGACGGGGCUAAUGAUGUUAGCAUGAUCAAGACGGCUCAUAUAGGAGUGGGCAUCAGUGGCCAGGAGGGCAUCCAGGCAGUGCUGGCGUCUGACUACUCCUUCUCCCAGUUCCGCUUCCUCCAGCGCCUGCUGCUGGUCCACGGACGCUGGUCCUACCUCCGCAUGUGUCGCUUCCUCUGCUACUUCUUCUACAAGAACUUUGCCUUCACCAUGGUGCACUUCUGGUUUGGCUUCUUCUGUGGCUUCUCUGCCCAGACAGUAUAUGAUCAGUACUUCAUCACUCUCUAUAACAUCGUCUACACCUCUCUCCCCGUGCUGGCCAUGGGAAUAUUUGACCAGGACGUCCCAGAGCAGCGUAGUCUGGAGUAUCCUAAGCUGUAUGAGCCAGGUCAGCUUAACCUGCUGUUCAACAAGAGAGAGUUCUUCAUCUGUAUAACCCAGGGUAUCUACACUAGUGUUGUGUUGUUCUUCGUACCCUAUGCCAUCCUGUCCCACGGAACCCAGGGCACCGGGGAACCCCUCGCUGACUACCAGACCUUUGCUGUUACCACGGCCACCGCCCUGGUGAUCGUGGUCAGUGUGCAGAUUGCUCUGGACACAGGCUACUGGACAGCCAUCAACCAUUUCUUUGUGUGGGGCUCUGUGGGCUCCUUCUUCACCAUCAUGUUGGCUAUGCACAGCCAGACUCUAUUCAGCAUCUUUCCCAACCAGUUCCACUUCGUAGGCAGUGCCCAGAGCACACUGGUCCAGCCGCUGGUGUGGCUGACCAUCGUCUUGGCCACAGUGAUCUGCAUCGUUCCAGUUCUGGCUUUCCGAUUCCUCAAACUGGACCUGAAACCACAGCUCUCUGAUACGGUGCGUUACACCCAGCUGGUGCGUCAGAAGACGAGGAAGCCAGCGGGUCGAUGCAUGGGAGGAGUCAGGGGCGGGGGCGUGCCUGAGGGUCGUCUGGGGGCGAGGGGCGGGUUCAGGAGGUCAGGAUAUGCCUUUGCCCACCAGGAGGGCUUUGGGGAGCUCAUCACCUCUGGGAAGAACAUGAGACUGUCCUCCCUGGCCCUGGCCAACUUUGCCUCCAGACACAGUUCCAGCUGGAUAGACACCCUGCGCAAAAAGAAACACUCAAAUACACAUCCCCCGCAGAACGCCUCAGGAGAGAGCAGCCCGGCACCUAGCUAUGUGUCUGGAUCGGCUCCCCCCCUGUCUAAUUCAUCCUCUCUCCUGGGGGGGUCACAGGAUACUCCCCUGGAGGAGGGAACACACACGCUGCCUGUCAUACUCCCACAGGUGGCUUCUGGCCCUCCCACAAACACACCUCCAGCGUUAGCUCCAGCCCAGGUCCCCUCUGCUGACGCUCUCACUCCCACCUCUGUGAGGAGUCCUGGGGGAGACUCGGUUGGUGGCUGGAACCUUAGUCUGGGCGCUGUACAGGAUGCUCUAUUUGGUUGGAGGGGCGGCGCCUCUCGCACCAGCGGAACCAGCAGCCCGGGACCUCCCCCUGUUCCCAAGGAAACCAACCACACCGUGUGAGACGGACAGACAGAUGGACAGAUGAUAGAAAGAAGAAGGACAGGCUGUCAUAUCCCACUGGAUUCUCUUGGAAUACGUGAAGAAAUACUGCAUUUGGAAGUUUGGAAUACUGAAGGUGGUAUGUUUGGAAUGGCACUCACCCUGGGUUAGGAAGAGAUCCAAAGUGGCAGCCAUUGUAGGCGGAAGGCAUGCACACCCAUCAACACCCACUGGCAUUUGUAUGACACUGUCGUUGCAAUAGUGUUGGUACAUAUAUGUUUCCGUCUGAAAGAUAGUGUGUGGUAGUUGUGAUAGACAUGCUCAGACUACCCACAACCCACUUCUCUGUCUUCUUCAACCAAUGAGGCAGGCUGAAAGAAGCACUUCUUCAUGCAAAUGAUGUAACCAUCUGCUGAAGAGCUUGGUACCACAGGGUUCCGGACAGAAACCCCGCUCCAACAGCACUGCUGUGGUUCAGACAUGACUAUACUAUUUAUACAAUGGAUCAUAUGUCAUAACAUCAUAUCAGAUUGGUUCAAAACAAAGUAUUGAAUUGAGUCUUUAUGACAGAAGAUAGGUUAAUUUGAUCAUCAGAAAGAUGGUGAAUUGAGUCUUUAUGACAGAAGAGAGGUUCAUUUGAUGGUCAGAAAGGUGGUGAGUUGAGUCUUUAUGACAGAAGAGAGGUUCAUUUGAUGGUCAGAAAGGUGGUGAAUUGAGUCUUUAUGACAGAAGAGAGGUUCAUUUGAUGGUCAGAAAGGUGGUGAAUUGAGUCUUUAUGACAGAAGAGAGGUUCAUUUGAUGGUCAGAAAGGUGGUGAAUUGAGUCUUUAUGACAGAAGAUAGGUUCAUUUGAUGGUCAGAAAGGUGGUGAAUUGAGUCUUUAUGACAGAAGAGAGGUUCAUUUGAUCAUCAGAAAGGUGGUGAGUUGAGAUGAAAUAGCAGAAUGCGUGUUUUUAUGAUGAGCUGCUGUUAGACAUAGUACUCCAAUACACCUGUCUGUAUCCAGCUGUUAACCAAUCAUAAACAUGUCUUUAAUAGGCCAAGUAAUGCUAUCUACCUUCUCUAAUAAUGUAUGACAGCGUGUAAACCAAUGCAGUAGUGUAGAGCUGUCCCUCUAACCUGUACAGUCUGUAUGAGGAAUGUCUCUAGAACCUUAUCAGUGGUCCUGGUCUUUGUAUUCAUGAUUACAUAUUGCUGUGCCACCAUCCCCAAAGGCUUAGUCAAACCAGACAGGCUGCACCAUCCUACACUCUUAUGGGAACAUACUACUGUACAUUCUCUAUCUGUCUGCCUGACUGAAAUGUUCACAUACAUAGUCUGUCUGUUGUUUUAGCCAAUAACUUGGCAGGACACUGAGGGGUUCAGUCAGCCAACCAAUGACUGAAGAAUGCAGGAUGCUGUCCUUGCUGGAAUGUUGUAGUAUAUGUCAUCAUAAGUUCAUGGGCAGAGUUUCUGUGUUCACUAUAGUUCUCAGUGAGAACGCCAUUUUAACCUUACAGGACACAGCAAGACUCCUCUUCGUCAUGUUCUUCUUCAUCCUCCUCCACUGCACCAUAUUGGUGACCAGAACUACAGUUAAUUCUCUGACUCUGAGCCCCACCCGUACUGGGCUUAAGAGAGAGGAGAUGGACUUCUAACAACAACCUAGGCCUCCAUGUUGCUUUGGGGCAGACUGACUCUGAGGCGUUGUGAGAGACAAUGGACAAUAAGCCCUCUAUGGCGUCCAUGUUGCUUUGGGGCGGACUGACUCUGAGGCGUUGUGAGAGACAAUGGACAAUAAGCCCUCUAUGGCGUCCAUGUUGCUUUGGGGCGGACGGAGGCUUGGGGGGGGGGGGGGAUCAGGGUUAUUAUUAUUAAGCCUUAAUAAAUCCACAGUAAUGAUGAUCAACCCAGUUCAUCCCUCUACUAGGCAUGUCAUCAUGUAACGUAUUCCUUCUAUACAGCAGGGGAAACGAACCCAGUCCUCCAGGGCCACUGGAAUGAUGCUCUCACUGUUGUACUCUACAGCAUACAGCUUCUGGUUAGAAAGAUAUAGGGUGAAACUAGGUGAGACAGCUGUUAUACUCUACAGCAUACAGCUUCUGGUUAGAAAGAUAUAGGGUGAAACAAGGUGAGACAGCUGUUGUACUCUACAGCAUACAGCUUCUGGUUAGAAAGAUAUUAGGGUGAAACUAGGUGAGACAGCUGUUGUACUCUACAGCAUACAGCUUCUGGUUAGAAAGAUAUUAGGGUGAAACUAGGUGAGACAGCUGUUGUACUCUACAGCAUACAGCUUCUGGUUAGAAAGAUAUAGGGUGAAACUAGGUGAGACAGCUGUUGUACUCUACAGCAUACAGCUUCUGGUUAGAAAGAUAUAGGGUGAAACUAGGUGAGACAGCUGUUGUACUCUACAGCAUACAGCUUCUGGUUAGAAAGAUAUAGGGUGAAACUAGGUGAGACAGCUGUUGUACUCUACAGCAUACAGCUUCUGGUUAGAAAGAUAUAGGGUGAAACUAGGUGAGACAGCUGUUGUACUCUACAGCAUACAGCUUCUGGUUAGAAAGAUCGCUCUGGAUAAGAGCGUCUGCUAAAUGACUUAAAUGUAAAUGUAAAUGUAAUAUAGGGUGAAACUAGGUGAGACAGCUGUUGUACUCUACAGCAGUGAUAUUCAAAGUCCAGGUUGUGAGUGGAUCGCGGCAAAAAAUAUAUAUAUAUUUAUGAACAAAAAAUGACAGAUUAUUGUAUGGGUCAACAUAAAAACAUUUUUGAGAAAGAUAAUUUGAAAAAUAAAAUGUAUUUGUUUUCUUUUAAUUUGAUAAAAGAGAUGAACAUGUAA